AUGGGUGCCUAUAAAUUCAUGCAGGAAUUGUACCGCCACAAGCAGUCGGACGUAAUGCGUUACCUUUUGCGGAUGAGGUGUUGGGAGUAUCGCCAGUCUAAUAAGAUUGUGCGUGUUAGUCGCCCCUCCCGACCUGACAAAGCCAGGCGACUUGGCUAUAAGGCUAAGCAAGGGUUUGUCAUCUACCGCACCCGCGUACGCCGUGGUGGUCGAAAACGUCCUGUUUCCAAAGGUGCUACCUACGGUAAACCAACCAACGAGGGUGUCAACCAGUUAAAGAACCAACGGUCUAUCCAGGCAACCGCUGAGGAUCGUGUUGGGCGUAAAUGUGGUUCCCUCCGUGUGCUGAAUUCCUACUGGGUUGGUGAGGACAGUACAUUCAAAUUUUAUGAAGUAAUUUGUGUCGACCCGAAUCAUUCGGCUAUUCGUCGUGAUCCUGCUAUCCGCUGGAUUUGCAAGGCUAAUAAGAAGCAUCGUGAACAGCGUGGUCUCACUUCCGCUACUCGUAAGUCGCGUGGUCUUGGGAAGGGUUACGGAUACAGCAAGACCAUUGGUGGCUCUCGUCAUGCAGCCUGGAAGCGCAACAAUUUGGUUCAGAUGAGGCGUCGGCGAUAA